CUGCAACAGCCUCUCCGAGCAGCAAGUUUCCUCAUCCAACUCUUUACAUUCGUUUACAAAGCUCCCACACUCCUUCCCACAUUUGCAAUGAAGGCCUCCGCCGUCCUCGCAGUCUUCGCGACUGCCCUGCUCAGCAGCGCUACCCCAACGCCAGAAGACAACGGCUCCGAUGGUGGCGUACUCUCAUACGGAGGUGGAUCGGCACCACCACCAGCGCCAGUCCAGUCAUACGGAGGUGGACCACCACCACCACCACCAUACCCAGUCCAGUCAUACGAUGGCGGAUCAGGACCUCCAUUCCCACCUGUCCAUCCCACUUCGGGAUACCCAUGGGGAGGUGCAGGUGGCUCAACUGGCACUGGCGGUGGUUCGCCCCUGCCAUCUACUGGUGGCAACAACAACCCAUGCGGUAACAACCAGGUCGCCUCUUGCUGCAACGGCAACGCAGGAUCUGGCGGUCUUCUCGGACCAAUUCUCGGUGGCAACUGCGGCAUCCUCGGACAGCACCCAUGCAGUCAAGGCGGCAGCGCUUGCUGCACCACUACCCAGAGCGGCCUCAUCAACUUGGCCCUGCCUUGCAAGCUUUUCGACUCUCUGUUGUAAGAAGCGCCUCGCGGACGUCCUACGAACUCGGUGGGCUGGUUUUACGAUGGUGACGAGCAGAUGAGCACCACUUAAGAGGGCGCUGCCAGCUACGGUACACGGAGGCACGCAGUUUUCUUUCUCGAAUCACGGUCUGCAGUUGACAAUAGCGAUGCGCUCCGUUUUGUGGGGCUAAUCAGCGUCGGACUUAUUUACACACGGAGAGGCGCAUUGUAAUUAGUGACAGCUCGGGUCUCGUAAUGAGCAACGCAUCGCAUUUUUCCUAUGAAUCUUCAUUGCACAUAUUCUCAUGUACUCUUCACAGAAUCGACUCUGCGGCGCCUCUCCAAAAAACCAAAACCCACACUUCCCGAUCUUUGCUAAUUGUCAUCCUAACCGCAGGAUUCCUUUGCCAUAACUACGAUGACGUCCGACAACAUUGCCCCUUCAACAACGAGGACGAGACGGCAGCGCAGCAUCGAACCCACAGCGCAGCAGCUACAGCCCUGUCAGGAGCCAGGCACCAAAACUCUCGAAACUCUUUUGGGCAAACUCACAACAACAGGGGGGGGCACGGGCCACGGGCCACGGGUUGGCUGCGGCUCAAUUGUCUACGAGAUGCAAAGAAGAAGAAGGGGAAAAAAAAUCACCCCAACCCUUCCACCUUGUCGAAGAGAGAUGAGAUUUCCUGCGUUGCCCUGGUAUUUGGGCUAGGGCUUAUCCUCCUACCUGUCAUUAUCAGGCGAACCUUGAAAAUUUUUGGCUUUUUUUCUUUUCCAUCUCAAUUUUUAUUAUUAUCCGAGGUUGUUGGGUUUUUCCGAGUCGCUAGUUAUGCCGUGCAGCUUCGAUUUCGUGGUGGUGAUACAUAUGAUGAGGGGAGGAGAGGAUGUGUUCUAUUUAUUGAUAGAAUAUACUCAGGAGCAUACUGUUCUGCAAAUCAAUUCUAUGGGCUGGCGUUGUUUCAGGUUGGUGGUGGGUGGGUGGGUGGACUUGACUUGACUGGUGCGGCGCCCGAGGAAGAUUUUUUACCAUACCAUACCAUACUACUACUGAUUGAUCCUUCCAUUGUAACAUACUCCCAAGACUUUGCGGCAGUCCAGGUACGAAAGACACCGCAAUAUCGAUCAAAGCGGACAUCUGGAGAGAACUAUGAGACACGGCGCUGA